AUGGGCAGGCAGCUCCGCAGCCCCAGCGCCUACCCUGCGCCCUGGUGGAGACCUCAGCCAGGAGAACCCGACCCCGCCAAGCGGCGCCGAACUGAAGAGCCCUCGGGCCCCGAGUCCAGGACGGCGUCCACCCUGCAAGACCCCGCAGGGCCGCCGGCCUCAGGGGCGCUCACUUCCGUGGUGGUCCUGGCCGCGGGCUGUGCCCUGCAGCUACCCCUGGACGACGUCGAUCUGGUGCUGGAGCCCGAACCAACGUCGGUCCUGCAAGUUUCUCUCGGAGAGCACACCCUCCUGCUGGUCCCUGAGGCCCUCCUGGGUUCGAGAGACGAAGGCUCAGGAGGGCAGGACCACUCGCCUCUGGGUCUGGAACCCGGCGCUCUCCCAGGUGCUCCCGGGGAAGACGUCGCCGUCCAACAGGGAUUCUUCUGCGCAUGUGUCCCAGAGAUCGCCGCCCAAGAAGAGGCCUAUGAGGAGGACGUGGACCCCGAGUUGUCGCCGCCUUGGAUGGACCCUGCAGCCAGCUUAGCCACCGGGUUUUGCUCCUCAGCUACUAGGGUAAACAGCCCCGACUCGCCCAAUUCCGACUUGCACAGCCCCAACUCGCACAGCCCCAUCCCAGAGCCCACGCCUCGGGCCCCCACCCCUAGUCCAGAGAGACGUUCUCCUGGUCCCUAUUUCGACCUGGACUUCCACCUUCUGGAGCCCUUCCCGACCUCACCACUCCAACCUCUACCUCCGUCUCCGAGUCCGGGUCCCCACGCGCGCCCACAGCGCCCUCCCGGUCCUGCGCGCAAGGCCCGGAGACGCCUGUUCCAGGAAUGA